AGACGUGGCGGCGACGCUAGUAAGUAGUAGAUAAGCAGAGUCUUCCUUCAGGGAGAACCACUGGAGAAAAGGCUAUGGGAGUGAUAGUAAUAGACGGAUCGACGGUCCGAGCGUUCGUGAACAACGAACCGCUCUUCAACCGGAGCGUUAAUGAGCAAUUCGCCGCUCUGGACGUCAACGGAGACGGAGUCCUCUCCCGAUCGGAGCUUCGCAAGGCCUGCGAAUCCUUUCGCCUGAUCGAGACUCACUAUGGCAUAGACACCGUAACACCUCCUGAGCAGCUCACUCAGCUCUACAACUCCAUUUUCGAUCAGUUCGAUUGCGAUCAUAGCGGCACCGUCGACCUCGAGGAAUUCAGAUCUGAGAUAAAGAAAAUAAUGCUCGCAAUAGCAGAAGGCCUCGGUUUUGCGCCAAUUCAGAUGGCCAUUGAAGACGAUGAUCAAAGCCUUCUCAAAAAAGCUGCUGACCUUGAGGCUUCAAAACUCUCUAAAGCCUAAUAGUUUGUUUUUGUGUGUAAAUGUAACACUUUAUCCAUAUAUGUAUGAGUUUGUGUAAUUAACUUAUGGAGACUUUAAUCUCUAGAUCAAGUGAAGGGUUUGCUUUCUAUAUAA